GGUACAAGUGCACCGCGCAAGUUUCAUCCAAACAGAUGAUGCCCAGAGAGACGGCAUUAUCUCCUUCUGCUUUAAACGAAGCGUGGUGGACACUUGAAGGGGCCUGAAACGUGAACUUUGAAUCUAAUUCCAUGCUUGGGAGUGAAUUUAAAGCGACCCACUGAAAAUGACUUUCUUCUGUACUCUGUGUUUAAAAAGUUGGCAAAAAUGAAGUUUGGCAAAAGCGUUUGUAUCAUUAACGUGGGUGGCACCAAGUAUGCUUUUCCAAAGGACGUAAUCAAGAAUUUCCCUCUGAGGAGAGUAAGUCGUCUCCACAGUUGCGCCUCGGAGAGUGAAGUGCUGGAAGUGUGCGAUGAUUACGAUCGAGAGAGUAACGAGUUCUUCUUUGACAGACAUUCGGAAGCGUUCGGUUUCAUUAUGCUCUAUGUGAAGUACGGCAAACUGCGCUUCGUCCCGCAUAUGUGCGAGCUGUCAUUUUAUAACGAGAUGAUUUACUGGGGUUUGGAAAGCUCUCAUUUGGAGUUCUGCUGCCAGCGGAGACUCGACGACCGCAUGUCCGACACGUACACUCACUUUCCCGAGGAGGACCAUAAAACGGACGAUGAAUUUAGGGCGACGGAUGAUGCGUCAACCCCGGCGGACACGAAGCGGGACUCCAAGUGGCUGGAACGGAUGCGUAUGACAUUCGAGGAGCCCACCUCCUCUUUAGCCGCACAGAUUUUGGCAUCCGUGUCGGUCAUUUUUGUCAUUGUGUCCAUGGUAAUGCUUUGCGCGAGCACUCUUCCUGACUGGAAAACUGCCGAGAGCAACAUAGUGGAAGAGCACAGGUACACAGACUCUUUAGAGCAUCCAUCCGGGAUCAUUGAGGCGGUGUGCAUCGGCUGGUUCACGGCAGAGUGCAUCGUGCGCUUCAUUGUUUCCAGAGACAAGUGCGAGUUUGUUCGACGUCCACUAAACAUCAUAGACCUUCUGGCCAUUACACCCUAUUACAUCUCAGUGACCAUGACAGUUCUCACGGGAGAAAACUCUCAGCUGCAAAGGGCUGGCGUGACGUUACGUGUGUUGCGCAUGAUGCGAAUAUUUUGGGUCAUCAAGCUAGCACGGCAUUUCCUGGGCCUCCAGACUUUGGGGCUGACGUUGAGGCGCUGUUACCGUGAAAUGGUCAUGCUUUUGGUCUUCAUUUGUGUGGCCAUGGCCAUAUUUGGGGCAUUGGCGCAACUUCUGGAGCAUGGUCUGGAUCUGCAGUCUGGGAACGAUGGAUAUGCUAGCAUUCCUGCCGCCUGCUGGUGGGUUAUUAUCUCCAUGACGACUGUCGGCUAUGGAGACAUGUACCCCAUCACUGUGCCGGGACGUGUGCUUGGUGGCCUGUGCGUUGUUAGUGGUAUAGUGCUGCUGGCUCUUCCAAUCACAUUCAUUUACCACAGCUUUGUGCAGUGCUACCAUGAACUCAAGUUCCGUUCUGCUCGCUGCACCAGAAGCCUCUCCGCUGAGUUCCUCAACUGACUCCCUCCCAAGGUUUGGCUUACACCAAUAAUGUGACUCAGUCGAAUCUCUACUUUCUGGUAGAGAAACCAAACCCAACAUUUUUGUAUGGUGACAUCUCCUGGGGCAGUUCCAUCUGACACUUUUAUCUUCAGAACAGGCUCCCUCGACAAUGCUGAGUUUCAGUGGUGUAUCUGUUACUCAAGGGGCUGGAUGGUGGCCAGAUGUACUUGACAGGUACACACUGCUGGAGGACAGCUUACUAAUGUCAAUCAGAGGCCUUGAAAAGACUCCACUCCGUGGCUCAGCAACCUCGCACUUUCAGAUAUUCGCAUUACCCUGUACAUUUGGCAUCCUGCCUGAAGGAUUUAGCUUCUGAAUGCUGCUUAGACAGCCUACAGGGUUGGCAAGCACAUAGGAGAGAAAUAAUUAAAUCGUCUUGUCACCCAGGAACCUCUCUUUGAUGAUGCUUUCAUUUAUAAAAGGCAAUGAAGUUUUAAAGCUGUACCAAUUUUUUCCCCCUGCAUUUAAAAUAUCGAAGGCAACAGAGCCUCACUUUUUAGACAGCUAUAAUCAAUCAGAUCAAAAAGAAAGAUGACUGACAAUAGAUUAAUAAAACAUGGAUUUCAAUCCAUCUUUUCCAGUUACGAGUACACUUUCCAGGCUAAAUUGUCACGUAGAGCUCAAUUUGGUGUGACAGCAAGCUUCCAGAGAUAGUAGGAGAGAACAAGCCAAAUACAGUGAGGUAAAGGAAAAGAGAGAAUUGUAGGGAUGGAGUGAGAGGUGUGUGGGCAGCGUACUUAGAGUGGAACAUAACGGGCCACGGAGAGAGAGUGCUGUCAUGGAGAGUUGGGUGUUUUGGAUGGCACCACGCAGAGCAUGUAGAGUUUUUCCAGAAUCUGCUACCUGUGAAUGUUCUCUACUGCCUUGCCUUUUUAGAUUGGGGAAAGAGAAGCCUUGAGGCUUGUGCAUAUCAUCUGGGUUUCACAUAAAACUUUCUGGAAGUCCAUGAAAAGCUCUGGAGAUCCUUAGGGACACAACCACCUCAAGGCCUUCUCUCCUCUCUUGGAGUCACCCAUGCCACCCACUUCUCCCCGACUCACUGCUGUCUCUAUGUUGUUGUGGCUCUCAUGUUCAUUAUUGCUCUUAGACAGACACCAGACAAAUCUGUACUUUUGUCUUUACACAUUUCUCCAAAGUUUGUGGGAAUGAAAGUCAUGAGAGGGCAUCUGCUGGGGGAAAUGCACAAAAAUGGGUUAUUUGAUGCUAAAUAUGAACACUGUUGAGCUACUAUUUCAACUUUGAUAAGAAAAACAAAUCUUUAAAUUCAAAAUGAAAUCAAAAUUGAAACUAUAUACCUUUUUUUAAUGCAUAUUUCCUGUUUUACUUUCAAACCAUUGAAAGGUUUAACUUUCCAUUGCUUAUAUAAUAGUUAUUCUAAUGUCCAUGCAUUCACCUCAUAUUGAAUCCACGAUAUAUCUCAUGACAAGUUGUAAUAAUAGUACGAGAUGGGGAAAUAGUAAGAAAUUGAGUUUGCUUGUAUAAAAACAUCACUUUUACUCCCAUAGAGAACAAUAACGAACCAACGAAUGAUGUCAUAAGGAAGUUUAACUCCUUACCCAAACCUUGAACCGAACAAUGAUUUUAACUGGAAAAUAAGUUUUAUUUUACAUGGGGGGAAAUAAAACAUUGGGACGACGGAAGUGUAUUACAGGUUAUUGACAUACAUCAGUCAUUUGCAUUGCAUAAAUAAAUAUUAAAUGGGUAACACAACUUUACAGAUGUUUUCUUUCUUAAAAUAAGGCGUUGGAUAGGAGGCUAGCUAAAAUUUGAUGCAUGUAUUGUAUCGAUUUUGUUGAUUGGUCGGGUCUCUAUGGGAAUAAAAGAUGUACCUUUUCAUACGAGCCAAGUCGUACGGUAUCUUACGAUUUCACCAUCUUGUAUGAAUUUUUUACUUGUUGUCAUGAGAUUAUGUUGCAAAAUAAUUACUAUGGUAUGAGAGUUAUAUUCAUUUUAGGCAAGAAUUUCAUUAUGCCAGUUUUGUACUGGCAUUUUUAUUUUAUUUAUUUAUUUGUAAUUAAUUUCCCAAUUUUUUUUCAGUUAGGGCUUUUCUUCAAGUGCAAUAAAGUAGCUCAUUUGAUCACUUUUGUCAGGUUGUUGCCUUUAUCUUUACUUUCUUCUCUAUAUGGAAAUUUUCAUUUAUUAGAUAUUUAAUUGCAUAUAUCCAAGUGUGUUUCAGGAUAUGACCACUGUUCAAUACAGCUGAAAUUGUAAAAUAUUUACUAUAUGAUAUUAAUUUCUCAGUGGGACAGAGGGCAAAACCCAUCAAUGAUACAAUAUUCAGUAUGAUUUGUAAGGAUGUGUUUUAUAUGGUGUUUACAAAAUGUUCUAUUACUGUCCAGUGGAAAUAUUUAAAUGGUUCUUUUUCACAGAGAGAAAAAAUGCUGGACAACAGAUUGACAGAAAUCCAGUUAAAUAUUUUUGUUGUGUAACAAAGUCAAUAUUCUGUUAUUUGUACAAACUUGCAUUUUUACAAAAUUCCUAACCUGAGAGACCAAACUAACUUAAAAUGUAACUCUUCCUAGAGUUUUCAAGCUACACCCUCACACACAUACAAUUUCCCAGUAACAGACUGUAAUUCUGACUGUAUUUUUUCCUAAUUUCAUUGUUUUUUUUUUCAUUACAAACUAUAUUAUCAGCUAACAGUUUGAGUGAAAAAUUUGUGCAAAACCCGAUGAUUAUGAUAUAAUCAUGAUCCUGCAUAUGAAAGGAUUUAAUGAAAGAACCUGUCCUUUUGUACAAAAUGAGUUAACACAGUUUCACAAAUUUGCUUAUUUGAUUACUGAUCUCGAAAUUGUGUGGAAUCUUAAAUAUUUCUUAUAUUAUGUCAUACAUUUUUUUAAAUCACGCAGAGGAGUAAUUACUAGCAUGCAAGCAACAUCGAGAGAGGAGUAGUUUAUUUUAUUUACAGUAUAUGAAGUUUGCA